GUACGUGGGAGAUUUAGGCGGAUUGCAGCUAUCUUAUUUUCCUUCACUCUGAAUCUCAACAAAAUAUGGCGACAAAUGCGGGUAAAUUUAUCGACAGAAAUCCAGAUAUACUCGCGGCGGGAAAGACGAGAACCAGUGGUGAUUCUGCUAGUGAUUGCUUGGAUGUGAAGAGCGAGCAAGCCUCAAUAUCGCCCUCAAUCAAGAAGUUCCAAGAGACAACACAGCCUGGACCUGGCAAAGAAAGAAUACAUUAUGGCAAGGCUCAAGAUAGCAAAAUAGCCUACGAACUUACACAUGGGAUAAAAACGAGACCGUCUUUAGUGGUGGGAGAUCUGGUUAAUCCUUUUCCGAAAACAUUGUUCAAGCAAAGAUUGCAAGAUCGUAAAGAGAGUCAAUAUGCUAGCAAAAAGAAAGCUCCUCUUGGAAAAUCACAUGACCAAAGACUAGGUCUUCCCGAAGGCGUCGGUCUCUACGAGGUGACCUAUGGUAUCCCAAUAUCGAGGGAUGGUAAGGCCGGCGACAUGAUCAAUCCUCUCAAGUCUCGAAGACAGGUUGACGAAGAGGCGAAUGAUAGAAAAGAAUUGUAUAAAAUCAGCCAUCAUGCUUAUGAUGUCGGCGAAACGUACGAUAGGAAUUACAACUGGCAGAGGGUUAAGAAGUCAAGUGCAUUUGGUAUCGAAACACCACACGAAAAUGAUGGAAGACAUGUGAAAAAGAGUUUGAAGUGGCUCUUUGAUACUCAAACUGAGAAUGCCGCUCACAUCGUUUCGAAACGUUUAGAGGCGUUUCGCGAGCGAACACAACCUCAACUUGGAAAAGUCCACGAUCCUUUAAAGGAGACAAUGAACGUGCCCCCAGACCAUACCUUCGGUGUUCUCUUUAAACCAGACGAGUUUGGAGCGGGGGACCUGGUUCACGGGCGUACACUUGAUCAUUGUUUAAAAGGUCGCGAGCACCAGAGAGCUGUCUUGGCUUCUAUAAGACAAAAUCUGAAAAAACUCAACUAUCAUGCUUUUAAGGACUUGAAAUCUGCUUUCAAAUACUACGAUAAGGAUGGUUCUGGAAAAAUAAGCGAAGACGAACUCCGUGCAGUAUUGGAGCACUUUAAACUUCCUGAUGAGUUUCUUGACUCUCUCAUAUCUUACUGCGAUAUCGAUGGUGACAGACAAAUAGAUUACGACGAAUUUUGCAAUUUCCUGAACUGGCAGAACGUAUUUAAAGACGAAUUGGUCUAUCAUCAACAAACAGCCAAAGAGAUACAAAGGAUGGAGAAGUUGAAGGAGGAAAAUCUUGAACUGCCAGACAUCAGUAAAACUUCGCGACAAAUCGACGAGGCCAUCGGUGGAUGGAAAACAUCUUCUUCGACUGUCGAUUCGACGGUGGGUCGUCACGACACCAAAGCUUGGAGAUCGUAUGGUGUGCCCACAAUACGCAGUGAUCUUCCCGCACCUCGAAUUCGAAGAAUAUCAGACAGAACUAACUACGGUGAUGAAUCUGAUGCAUAUGGUCUGGUUAAUCCUUCGCUGUACACCACUCUGGGAGUUCACGAGAAAGAUUUCUUCAUGGCUAGAACACCUAACGAGGUACAUCGGGUCAUAGAUAGUGUCGGUAUGCGAAUGUCGGCAGAUACAUUCGAUAAAUAUUGGAAAAAGGCGGCCUCUCUUCACCCGCAAGGAGAGGUGAGCAUACAGUCGUUCAAAAACGUUCUGGAUAUGGAACAAUCAAAACAAAAUAAACUGGUAAAAGCUUAAAGUGUAUUUCAAUUACGAAUAUGUCAAACUCUUAGAGUUGUAUUACUUAUUGUGAAUUAUAGUACAAGGUGCGCUUUAUUUUGUAUUCUAUAUAUGCUAUAUGUACAACUACAAAAAUAAACUAGUGCAUUUUAUAA